CAUUUGUUGAGGUGACAAAAUUUUUUGAAACUUUCCGUGGAGUCUCUGGAUUUAGGUGGAUAAAUAUAUCCCCGUGAAAUCUGAAACCAGGAUACAAGGAUGAACUCCACAAAUUCAUCUCAAACUCGAAAGCGGUCAGCUGAGAAGACUGUACUGAAUCUUGCCUCUAAUGAUCUGCUCUGCAGCUGCUGUCUUCGGAAGCAGUCAGAAGCACCGGUGGAGGAGCUGCUGAAGAAAACAUCGGAUGCAAUUUUGAAAAGACGAGUAAACGAGACGAGGGAAGAGAUUGGCAAAAUUAUGAAGAGGGUGGAUAAUAUCUAUGGAGCAUAUCUGCAGAAUCAAAAGGAUGUACAGUGUUUGGAAGAUGCUGAUGUUCCAAGCUUCAAGUGUAUCACAGAUAUCAAGCAGUUGGAACAAAUCCUGAGAGACCAGGUGAAGAAACAACAGUAUCAAAAACAAGUAACGGUGUUCCUCGUUGGUUAUUCCGAAUUGUGUAACCAGAAGUAUCGACUCCUUGGUGAGCUUCAAGAGUUCUUCACCAAUCAAAACCAACAAAUAUGGUCCCCAUUGCUAGAGGAGGAGGAAGAGGGGGAGGAGGAAGAGGAUGAGGAUGAGGAAGAGGCAGAGUUCGAAGUGGGGGUGGAGGAAGUGGAAGGCAGAGAGAAGGCGGUAGUGAGCUGUGACCUAAUCGACAACGUGACCAUCACCCAAGAGCACCACGUCUCUCUGUCACGGCGCCUGGCUGACAUCAAACGGAAAAUGGUGAGACAUCUUGUGAUGCGUGCCGGAGCUUUAAACGAUGCAGCAACCGGUGGUGGUGGUGGUGGUGGCAAGAAGACGAGGAACCGAAAGAAAGUUGGAAAGCCUUCCCAGCAAACCAAGGAUAUUUCAUCUCUCCAAUACAGAAUCAAACAACUGACUUCUGAUCAAGAAAUGAAGCAGAGAAACCUGGAUGACUUGAUGAUUCAACUUGAGAACAAGGAUAUGGAGUGUCAGAGGAUUCAGUUGGAGAGUGAGGGAAGAACGAAAGAGCUGCAGGAACAAAUUGUCCAGAAGGACCGACUUAUGAGUGACCUUAAACAGACCGUCUCUCAUCUCUGCUCUAAACUGACCAACAGCUGUUUUAACAAUGAGACCAACAGCAACAACAACAACAACAACAGUAUAGCUUCUUCUCGCUCCAUCCAUUCAUUGCUGCAGGAAAACAAGGACUCCAUGUUAGAUCUAUCUGAGAAGAUUCAGACAAAACAAUUGAGUUAUGAAGAAGCUUUAACAGCUGCCCACACAGACCACCAGAGCCAGCUAGAGAAACUGCAGUCUGUGCACCAGGAAGAAGUUGAAUGUUUGCAGCAGGAACACAGCAACAGCAUCGAAGCCAUGAUGGAAUCUAAAACGGGCCAUAAAGACAGCUCACAGAAGGGGACAGGUGCAAAGAAAACAAAAUUAACAACAACAAAACAGAAAUCAAAAGGAGAGUUAAAAUCUUCAGGAAAAACUUCAAAAACAAAAGAUAAGGACCACACAACCACUCCUUCAGCACAGCAGACCAGCAGAGGGGGUGGUGCCAGCAAAGAGAAGAGUGAGGGCAGUGGCAAAGCAAGCAAGAGCCAAUCAAAACAGAGCAAGGUCGUCAAGGCAACAGCAGCAGCCACAGCAGCAGCAUCAUCAUCAGCAGCAGCUGUGUCAGUUGUCACGGAGAUGGUCUUCGACCAAUCAGUGUUGGAGAGCCUGGACACAUUUGACCUUUCGGAUAACGAGUCUUGGGGACGUCUCCCUGUUGAUCAGAUGCCACAGAGAUUCUCACAGUACCGGUGGCUGACAAUGAAAAAGCUGAAGGAACUCGAUGAGCACUUAAAGUUGACGACCCUUCGGACGCAGCGUAAAGUAGAAUCCUUGAAAUCGCAGUUCCAGGAGCACAGGUUCAAAUGGGAUGAGGAACGAGAACUGUUACACGAACAGGUGAAACAACUGCGCCACCUGCAGGUGACAGCUGAAAAAGAGGCUGACAACGUGAUGUCACAGCUGGAAGACUUCAUCAGUGAACAGGAGAAGAUGGAAAGUGAGGACAUGACGAAUGAGAGGAACAACAUUCUCCGAGAACCCAAAACUCUCAUGAAAGACUUCCAAAGAAUAUCAGAAGGAAAUCUUACGUCCAGCACUGAGACAGACAUCAGAAGUGAUGCUGUGGCGAGCAUGCCUCACAUACAGGAAGGAUUCUCUGCAGAUGAGGAUGACACCAACGCCAACAUGAACAACAGCAACAUGGACCAGCCCCUCACAACUCCACACUCAAUGCCAUGUGAUCAGGCUGAAGGGAUGGAAGAUGUUGUUACCAUAGCAACAGAGGAAACGAUUCUGUCCUUAUCUCUCCCGCCACCAUCUCUAUGCUCACUGGACAUGGCUGAGUCAGCUGAUCAGAGACAGAAGAAUCUUACAGAUGGACAGCGUCCGGUUAGGGAGAUGAGAGAGUUUGUUGACUGUGGCAUUUCAUGUAAGCUGGAAGCAGAGAUCUCUGAGUUCAAUUCUAUUGAGGAAGUCAGCUUGCCAGAUGUUCCAGUUAUUCCAGAUGCGGCCGAUGUGAGAGAUGUAGGAGUUCCAAUAUGGCUGACCAAGAUGGUGGGAAUUCUGACGAAUUACAAGAAGAAGAUGGAGACAUUCUUGAAGUUACAAGAUAUAGACUCUGCCAAUGACCUGCUCUCAGAUCUUGACCCCAAGGCCAGUGACCAGAAAGCUGUAACAGAGAAAUUGGCUGAAGACAUGACCCUUACAGCUGAAAAGUUCCUGUCUGGUAAGAUCUUCACAUAA